CAGGCACACAUUUGGUACAGCUGACAUGCAUGACGUACGAAAAACACAUGUAACACCUCUGGUCCACUUUAUCAAUGUAGGCUAGUACUCAUAGGCCUGCUACAUGUUAGGGCAUAUGCGUGACACCACGUACGUAGUGAAGAGAUUGCAUUCCAACAUUUAUGUAUAUUCGAGUGCACUAGGCCCUACACUUACUUUUAUUUGUUUACGUCCAUAAUAUCAUAAUUGAUAUUUACAUGUACAUGUAGGCCUAUUCAGUGCCAUGAUGGCGACAGAGUCUAAAACUGAAGACAGGAUGGAAGAUGACAGUAGCCGGAGUAGGGUGGGAAUUGGCCUAGGCCUAACCACGUUACUUCAGCACUUACAAGAAUUGGCUGAUCGAAUGAAGCAUGGACAUUUUCCUUUUCAAGAUAAAGAUGUCAGUAUUGUUGAAAGUCUAGCAAAGGUUAUUCAGCAACUGGAUGAAGAGCGCAAAAAAGUACACUCAUUUCUUGAGACAGAGACCAUCAAUUCCAGUAUACUGAGACAUCAGUUGCAGUUUUUCCCUGGUAGUGUGUACAGUGAAAUUAGCUUUGCGGUUCAAUCAGCUCGGCAAUCUAAUGCUGAUGAACUGAAUGUAUUGCAGGAAAAGUUGCAAGCUCUCAAUCAAGAUAUCAGUCGCCUUGAUGAACAUCAGAGAAAGCUGACCAGACAGAAUGCCAUUUUGCAUCCAGAACGAGACAUGGUGAGAACACAACACGAAGAGGUGAUUUCCCAGCUCAAUCAGCGUAUGGCAGAUAAAGCCAGUAAACAGAUUGCACUUAAUGAAACCAGGGAUGAACUGAGAGAUGCCAAUCAAAAAAUUGUGGACCUGGAGACAGGGAUCAUGAUUUUAAAAGAGGAUAUGAUCCAAGAAAGAGCUGAUGCCCGCAGAGAAAAGAAGCAUCUUAAGCAGUGUGUGCAUGACACUACAAAGAAAACCAAAAGACAGAAGGAGGCAAAUAUGGCAAAAAAGAAGGAGCUAGAUAUACUGAAGGAAGAAUUGGUUGUCAGUGAAAAUGAACUGUCUGAUAUUAGAAAGAUUAUUCGUAGACACGAGGCCAACAAAGCACGCUAUGAAAAUCAGCAGUAUUCUUUCCAGGAUCAGCUUGACAGAGAGCAGAAAGAAAAUGCUGAUCUUAAAGAAAGAGGGUUUGAGCUUGGAAAUCAAUUGCUACACAUGGAAAAGCAACACCUUGUAAAAAAAUCACAGUUGGAACAAGGUCUGAUGGAGCUGGAUAUUGAAAUGACACAAACACAUGAUGAACUUGAUGAAUUGGAACAAAAAUGGCAUCAUCUCAAAGAAGAAAUUGAAGAGGCAUCAGAGAAUCAAGAGAUCAGUGGAUGUAAAGUGCGGGAUCUUGACAAUGUUUUACAAACAAAGAAGGAAGAUCUUACAAUGAAGGCUAACGAGACAGCACGUAUGAAACAAGAAAAUGAUGAAAUGGAAUUACGUAUGAAGCAACUUGAAGAAAACCAUCAAGUCACCGUUCAACUACUAGGCAAGCAGAUUAAUGACUACCGAGACAUUCUGACAAGGGAAAGGAAGGAACGUUUUGACCUGCAAGAGAAACGUGAUAAGUUAACAAGAGAAAUUGAUGACUUUAAACUUGCAUUUGGCAAGUUCAUGUCAGAGAUGAAUCAGCGAAUCAACCACGCAAAGCAUGAGCAAGAAGACCUUUCAAAUGAAGGUGCUUUGCUGCAAAAGGAUCUCCACACAGACCUUGCUACAACUCAGGUGCUGCACACAGAUGUAGGAAAGUUAACAGAGACCUUCAAUAGCAUGAUCAACAAUCUUGAUACAUCUAUUAGCACCCUGCAGCAAAGAAAGCAUGAUUUGGAGCAGGUUCUUCUUGAUAAACAUACCCGGAUUAAGGAUAUCACUCCAUCAUAUGAUCAACUUGAAAUGCAGUUUGAAGAGAGGACAAAAGAUUAUGAAGAUAAGAAAAAAAGCGUUGUUUCUUUGAAAAACCAGAAGAACAGUCUUGAAGAUGCUACUGCCCGAGGCAAGAGAGAAAUCGUAAAACUUAGCAACCCUUCGGUAUGUUCCUCUUGGGUUGUUUUGAGACAGGAGCUCAAACACCAACGGACUAGAGCCCUCUCAAAGAUGAAGGAACAGGCAAAAGAACACCAGCAAAUUGAAGAAAAUAUUUUUAAAACUGGUAAAAAGUUAACCACAGUCAUGCAGGAAAAUGACAAGUUCAAAAAGGGCAUCAACAAACUGGAGGGAGAAUGUGACUCCAUUGUGCAACAAAACAACAUCAACUCUGCCUUAAAGGGUAAUCUGACCAGUGAAUUAAUUCUCCAGAGAGACAGGCUUGUUGAAGGAUGGGAAAAGGAAAAACUCAUGCAGAAAGAGUCCUCUGGUCGAGAUCGCAUCCUUCUUGAUGACAUUACUGAUCUGCAGAAACGCACUGACAAGCGGGAGCAAAACAUUGCACAUGUCACCGAGAGGCUGCACAAUGAACUAAUUGUUCUUGCUCACUUCCUCACUGAUGUUGCUGAUAGGAGACCUAAAAAUACAAGGCAUGGAAGGAAGACUCUCACAGACUCCAGACCACCUACUAUGUUGGAAUUCUACCUGGAAUCGCGCCAGCAAUUGGCAUUGCAAUCCUCCCAUUCAUCUUCUGAGGAAAAUGCUGAUGUUAAAGACUGAAAGAUGAAUGCAUGUCAUUGAAUAUUAUUUCUAUCACUGUAAUGUUGUGGGAGCAAUUGACAUAACAAAGCUUUUAGAAUACCAGAUGUGUUCAAAACAAUCAGUUUUUUUUAAGUGCAAACUCACCACUUUUUGAUGAUGCAUUUUCUGUUGUAGUAUGCCAGGAGGACAUGUUUUUCUACCCUUACCUGUAGUAGAGGAUUUGCUUGUUUGAUUGAAUAAAACUUUACAUUAAAUAUUUUGGAACAGUAAUACAUAGGAGCAGUGGCAUGAAUCUGUGCUAGAAAUUGGAGGGGGUGCAUAUUGGGAAAGGUAAGGGGAUGACUCCUCUGGCCAUAAAUAUUUGAAAAGUUGGGGAUGGGGGAACACCAUAUGACUCAAUAUGGCCAUUGUUCUUGAUGUUGCUGUAAAUCUGUACUGUAAGUGCUAUUGCUAUUACCACAUCUAUUUUCACUAUGCUAGAAAGGCAUUGUGGGAAGGGAAAAAGGAGCAAGCAUUGUCCCAUUUCCUGAACAUACUGCUUUUCUACCAUUGUGCAGAGUCACAUAGGUGGUAUUAGCCACAAGGCUUAUGCAUUCCACAUGGCAUAUUUAUGGCGUCUUAAAAUUGUUCUCCCUUUUUGAGUGAUAUCUUCUCAAUCCCGUUUAAUUAUUUUUCUCACCACCAAAAAGGUGGAGGAAUGAUGGAAUAGCCCACCUCCACCACCAUCUCAAUAAAAGUGGGGGAUAUUAUGCUCCCACCCUCUGGGAUUGACGCCCUUGCAUUGGAGAGUGAUUAAUACAGGUCCAACUGGUCGGACAGAAAAAUUCUAUAGUUUGAAAGGUAAAGAAAUGUUUGUGAAAGAUGUUGAAAAAAAAAUGAUGAAAAAAAUGUUUGUGUUCUAGAAAAUUGCACAGUUAACUGUACUGAAAAUUCCUGAUUUUGUUUUUGUCACACAGAAAAACAAAAUUUAAUGUUCUUAUACCCUGUCUGUAUUCUCAUUUCAUGCUCUGAUUAUUUCAGCUUUUGUUUUUUUUUUUUUACCUUUUCUGAUCCCAACUUUUUCAUUCUUUGUUACAUUCUUUCCUAUUCACAUUUUUGGAGGGAUGGAUUGAUGCAGAUUUAAGCCCUACUAUGCCCCCAGUUAUCAUCAUUCUGUUUUCUUCUAAUUCAUAAGUCAAUUUGCCUUGAAAUGAAAAAUAUUUUAUUGAAAUAAAGCAAUUUCAAAGGCUUAGUUUAUUUCAGUCUCAUUUAUCCACUGCAUUAACAGUUUGACCUGUAUCAUGAUCAAUAGGGCAUACAUGUGUCAUAAUUAAAAAGAAUUUUAAAGCAUAAAAGUAACGAAUGAACGAGAAAAAAAGAACUUUCACUUACAUCUGUUAAUAAAUUUCUGUUAAAGUUUCCCAGAUAACGAUUUUGCAAUGUUUCUUCACCAAAUCUGGUGUUGACUUGGCACUUUCUGUGGUUUAGACCAGUCUGUUGGGCAAAGUUUGUUACACCCUUUUGCUGUUCUGUAAGUGGUACAUGCCGAUGUUGAGUUUUCAACUCAUGAGAUUCCCUACAUUAAAUGAAAUGUGCUGUUUGUACCUUGUUUGCAUGUAAGCAUAUACUGUAUGUGCUCUAUUAAAAAGGGGAGAAAAUACAUUUUGCAAACAACAAAAUUCACAUGUAAAAAUAUUGCAUUUUUUAUGACCAUUACCACGGCUGUCAAGAGCUGCAUCCACAGUGCCUACCUUUAUGUAAAACUUUGUUAAUAGGUUAUUUGGAUUCAGUGACUUCAUCAAGAAAUGUACAUAAGGUUUGCUAUGUCAGCCCGUUAUUAGGUUUUGAAUUACAACAUGCCAAACUGCCAUUGUCUGCCAAUAGAUCAUACUUACAAAUUCUAAUUCUCCCAAUUUAGUAUAUGUUUUUCUGUUUUUAUUUGGGUUUGAGUUAAUUUGUGUGUGUGUUUAUAGCUUUUUGCUUCUGAUAACUUUUUCUUCCACACUUACAUGAAGAAGAGAGUCAAAGUAUGAUGUCAGAAAGGUGUCAUUACAAAUCACAAGUUAACUUUACAUUUACCCAAACUGUGAUGUGUUGAAUGGAAUGGGCUUUUGUCUCUUUUGUGUAUUUUUGUUUUGACUAAUCUCCUUGAAUUGGAAAUGUUGAAAUUUCAAAAUUGAGAUUAAUAUGCACAUAGGUUAAUAUGUUUCGUGAAGGCAUCACCAACAUCAUGUAAAUACUGUAUAUACACAUAAGUGAUGUGAUCAAGCAAAUUGAGUCAUUUGUAGUUCCAAGCCUAUUUGUUGAAUUUCAUUGCUUCAAAAGGUCUAUGCUGUCAACUUCAUUUCUCUUAAAAUCCCAACCAUGAGACAACUUUGAAAUCAACAAUAGCAGAAGUUGAAACAUGAAAAGAUUCAAGUUAGGGCAUUUUAUUCUGAGACCUUCUUUCAAAUGAAGAUUCCAGGAAUGACUCAUUGUGCUCGAUCACAUCACAGAUGUGGCAUAGCAGUGUAUUCAGGGUUUUCGACAUGGGGUGAGUAGAGAGGGGUGUGCCCCAUUUAUGUUUAUGGUAGUCACCUUAUUUGACCUUUAUUGCUAUGCAGUUUUGAUGACAGUGCUGUGAGGUAUCAUUAAAUAUAUCAUGACAAUGACAACAAA